CAUAAUUCGACCAUCUUGUCUCGGAUGCUAAGCUUUUAUUUUGGUGUAUUUUGAUAGUGAGGGAAUGAACCCGGAAAAAGGAGUAGUAUCCAGAUGCAGACCCGCACUACCGCACUUUCAGACCCUCACUUUCAGACCCGCACGAUCAGCUCCUUACAACUACGCAUCUAGUGGUACAUUUCAGAAUUGCAGUCACAAUUUCCUGGCGUUACGAGACAAUUUGAAUGUAAUAUAUUUGAGGGUUUUUUAAAUACCAAAGUGGAUAUUAUUUGCUUUCAAGUGGGUCGACAGUUUAAUUUUACUGUAACAUUUUUGGGUUUUUUUAGUACUAAAGUCUAUACAGUAUGUAAUACGCAAUAACAAGUGGGGCGGUAGUUUUGUACGAGGAAGAAUUGGUUAACCUGGCUUACCGUCACGUGGUUUAUGGUUCACGUGGGACCAACAAUACUGAUGUCAUUAGCUGCUGUCACUUGUUAGGUUGUUCUUCGAAGCAGCAGUCAACAUUUUAAGGGCUUAAGAAGUGUGCUAGUUAUUUUCGAAGUUGUUAACGGGGGAAAACAUACUCCCUCCGUAGGCAACAAAACAAAAAUAGCUUGGUCAAACAAGCUGGCUAGCUAAAAGUAAUAGCUACAUUGUAAUGAUGCAGAACUACGUGAAAAUAGUGCAAGAGUUCGUGGAAGAACAACGUGUAGGGAUCGCAUGUGCUCUUGUCGCAGGUGUUGGCGUUUUGGCACUGCAGAGAUGGAAGGCUGGUGGAGUUUGUCGAAGCAAAGCUUGCUUGAAUGGCAAAACAGUGCUGAUCACAGGAGCCAACACAGGGAUCGGAAAAGAGACAGCAGUGGACAUAGCCAAAAGAGGUGCUAGAGUGAUCCUGGCCUGCCGAGACUUAGACAGAGCGCAUGCUGCAGCAGAGGAUAUCAGGAAGAGAAGUGGAAACAAUGAUGUGGUAGUGAAGAAGCUGGAACUGGCCUCCCUGCAGAGCGUGAGAGCUCUGGCCAAAGACAUCCAUGAGCACGAAGAUAGACUGGAUAUCCUCAUUAAUAAUGCAGGGAUAAUGAUGUGCCCCAAAUGGAAAACUGAAGAUGGCUUUGAGAUGCAGUUUGGAGUGAAUCACCUGGGACAUUUUCUGCUGACCAAUCUCCUGUUGGACAAGCUGAAAAAAUCUGCCCCUAGCCGGAUUGUCAAUGUUUCCAGUUGCGCCCAUGAGAAAGGGCAGAUUUAUUUUGAUGACAUAAACCUGGACAAAGACUAUGAUCCAUUAAAGAGCUAUCAGCAGAGCAAGCUGGCUAAUGUUUUGUUCAGCCGUGAGCUGGCAGCACGACUGAAGGGUACAGGUGUAUGUGUGUAUUCUCUACAUCCCGGGGUUGUUAACACUGAGCUGGGCCGGUAUCUUUUCUCAACCAUGGCUCUGUGGAAGAUCAUCUUGUUCAAGCCUUUGUUCUUGAUUUUAAAAUCUCCAUGGCAGGGUGCCCAGACUACCAUCUACUGUGCAGUGGAUGAGGGCCUUCAGAACACCACAGGUCUCUACUACAGUGACUGCGCUCCUAAAGAAGAAGCUCCUCAAGCGAAGAGUGACAGCGCCGCCCGCAGGCUGUGGGACCUCAGUGCCUCCAUGGUAGAAAUGGCAUGAAGACCAACUCCACACACAACUCCAAACCUUUACAUCUUCAUUCCAGUUCUCCAGACCAGUGUAUAUCUAUUGAAUGCUAUGACUAUAUCAAUUUAAUAACAAUCAAGCAACAUAUGCCUAAUGAAAAAUUAACUACAAGUCUGUGUGAAAGGGCUUAAAGGAAUGGUUCAGCAAAAAAUGUACUUUGAUGUGUUAUGGAUUGUGUUGGGUAAAAAGAUUUUUUCCCUUUUGAAACUCCAAUAGAUUAUAUGCUUAAUGCAUGUGCUAAAUAAGAAACACUAGUUAGAACUGUGAUGUGUGUUCUGUUAAUUUGCCCUGUGCCUUACAAUUUAUCCCUAUUUUAUUAUGAAGUGUUUGCGUUUUCCUUUUUUUUUCCUUUUUCACUCUGGAUGCUUUGGAAUUUGAUCUGCGGUAUUGUUUGACUUCCUUAGGGAUUUUGCUUAUAGGUUCAGAUGAUAACACAGCUGAUAAUAAAGGUUAGUUAAUUGCCACAUAUUAACUUCCAUACUGUACACUAAAGUGUGCUUCAGUAAUGUUUUGCAUUGUAAGUCCAAAAUGUUAACACAUCAUCUGAGAGUACACAGUGAGCAGAUAACAUAAUGAAUCCUAAAUGUUUUCUUAUCAAAGUUUUUUUUUGCUCAAUAGAUCAGUUGUUUAAAUCAGGUAUAUUAAACUCCUGUCUGGCAGGGACCCAGUCCUACACAGUCUGGUACCUUUGGACUUUAUACCCCUGAAGGAGCUGAAACUGUCACCGAGAAUGGUAAAGUGUGUCUUCUGGCUGCCAUGCCAUAGUGCAGGCUCUUGGCUCUGGUUGUCAGAGCACAUGCUUGUUCCCCAGGGGACCUGGACUUGAGGCUGGUGUGGUUAUUGCCCUCUUCCUUUGCUGCUGUCUGAUUCAGCUUAUUUGCAAAAUGCGUCAAGAACUACGAGCAGGGAAACCACAGAACUUCAAAGGGCUACAUUCCUGCAGGAGCUGAAUUUGACAUUAGUUUGCAAAGGAUAAUUGGAGUGUAACUAUAUGAAUUGCACAUUCAGUAAUAUAAAUAUAUAUUGUGUUAAUGUUUGUAUUAACCCAUUGUUUUAGUUUUAUCGAAGUGUAUGAUGAACUGUAUACAGUAUGCAAAAGUGGAAUGUUGCAUCAUUUACAACA